CUUUUGGAGUCUUAAGCCAGCACGAGAGGGGUGCGUGGAGUAUUUUACAGUCGACGUCUCACACCCUCGUAUCUAAUCCGUAUCUUCACAUGUAUUUGCGCGAUUACCACUUUCAAUUAUUAUUAAAAAAGGAAUAACAACAGGUACGUAUAAGCACCAUGGCUGUUCUAUCCGCGCCAGGUGCUGGUCUCAAGGAGAAGCUGAGGGCCGAGUUUGUCGGCAUGACACUCCAGGAUGUCAUUCCCGUUCCUUCGGCCGUGCUGGACCUGGCGAAGCUCGAGGUGAACUGCCAGCGCAUGCUUGAUGCGACGGACCGUUUGGGGAUUCUUUGGCGCGCUCACAUCAAAUCCCACAAGACGACCGAGCUGACCCGCCUCCAAGUCGGAGACACUCGCAUGACGCAUGUCUCUAUUAUUGCUUCAACUGUCGUCGAGGCCGAAAACAUCCUCCCUCUGCUCAGAGAGUACCAGGUCAAUGGCCGGACCGUCAACCUUCUAUUGGCCUUCCCCCUUUUCCCGUCGGCAGUCUCGCGGCUCGCACGCUUCUCGGCUGAGCUUGGCCCCGCCUCCCUCUCCAUCCUAGUCGACCACCCAGACCAGCUGGCCUCGGCGGCGGCCAUCACGCGCGCCUCGGGCGGCCAUGCGCCUCUCGUCUUCAUCAAGAUCGAUGCCGAGUACGGGCGCGCGGGCGUGGUGCCGUCGUCGCCCGCCUGUGCCGAGCUCGUCGAUGCCGCGCUGGCCGCCGAGAAGGCCGGCGCCUGCGUGCUGCACGGUCUCUACGCCCAUGCUGGUCACAGCUACGGCUCGCGCGGCAACUGGGCCGCCAUGGACUACCUCGUAAAGGAGUUCGAGAUGCUGAGCAGCGUCGCCGCGGUCGUCCGCGACAAGAGCCCGGACCACCCCCUCGUGCUGUCGGCCGGCGCCACGCCCACCGCGACCACGAUCCAGCAUCCGCGGGUCCUCGCUGGUCUUGACGGGGACAAUGAAAGCACUGCAACGUCAACCCACAAGGUCAAGUCCAUCUUCAACACGUCGAAGCUGGCCGGGCUCACCCUCGAGGUCCACGCAGGUGUAUACCCGACGCUAGAUAUCCAACAGUUAGCGACGCACGCAAGAGACUCGUCCCUGAUGACGUGCAAGGACAUUGCCAUCAGCAUCGUGGCUGAAGUAGCAUCCGUCUAUCCCGGCCGCGGAGCCGACGGCACGACGGAGGCGCUCGUGCAUGCGGGCACGUUGGCGCUUGGCCGCGAGCCCGUGGCGGGCAAGGGGGGCGACUACAGCGGAUGGGGAGUAGUGAUGUCGUGGGGGGCAGCUGCGGAAGCACCAGGGCCGGGGCCCGACUUCCCGCUCGUGCACGGGGGCUGGCAGGUUGGGCGCAUCAGCCAGGAGCACGGCAUCCUCGCGUGGAAGGGCAGGAAGGAGGACGAGGUGCCGCUGCGGGUUGGGGACCGCGUGCGGAUCUGGCCCAACCACAGCUGCAUUGCCGGGGCGGGCUUUGACUGGUACCUGAUUGUCGACGGGCGGAAUAAGGGACGCGAGGACGAGGUCGUUGAUGUCUGGCCACGGUGGCGAGGCUGGUGAAAGGCGUUUGAGACGGGUUGAUUGCAUUGGCUUCAUGGUGUUUGUGACAGCUAUAAAGGGGUGGGUAACCUAGAAACGGAUGAUCAUCACAUUCACAUCCCGCGUCAAACACAUCGUCGUCUCACAGGUUUAGGGCAGAUAAGCUGCU